UUUGUUAUUAAGACGAUCUUUAGUAAAUAAUAAUAAUACCAAUGUGUGAGAGUGUCUUGAUAGUAGGUGAUGGUAAUUUCUCCUUUUCUCUCUCUUUGCUGAAGAAAUCUCCAUUAAGGCUUGUAGCCACAGGAUAUGAAAGUGAAGAGGAAUCAUUAAAAUGUCCUCAAACUGUACUAAACAAAGAAGAGCUGCUCACCAUGGGAGCUACAGUCCUACACAAGGUAGAUGGAACACAACUAGAGGCCUGCCUCUGCUUGCAGGAACUACAAGUCAAGUACGAUAGAGUGAUAUUCAAUUUUCCUCACACUGGUGGAAAAAGUAAGAUACAGAAGAAUCGAGAACUAUUGGAAUCUUUCUUCAAGUCUGCGUCGAGACUGAUGAUGUCACCAUCGGGAAAAGUUGUAAUGUCGUUAUGCAGAGGACAGGGAGGAACACCUAGCGACUGUCAGAACAGAGGAUUUGAAAACUCGUGGAAAGUUGUCGAAAUGGCAGCCGAAGCAGGUCUCGUGUUAACCAAAGUAGAGCCUUUCAGUAUAACUGAAUUCCCUAACUAUACACCAACUGGCUAUCGUGGUCAAGACAAAGGCUUUAUGCUGGACGGUGCUCUUAUGCAUACAUUCAUGCUGCCUGGAACUGCCAAGUCCUUGUUUCCACCAGAGUACAGACAUGAUGUGAGCUUUUGGUGUGGUGGAUUAGUUGCCUUUGAUGAGUCCAAGUUGAUAGAUACUGUGAAGCGAGUGACUGGAGAUACUGUGCAAUCCAUUGAAUGUGUAGACAAGUAUGCGUUGGAAGGACGAGUUAGUUUGUGCUACAGACUUUGCUACUAUUCUGUGAAUGGAGUGCUUUCAAGAACAAGUGCACGAGAGCUGCAGUUGUUAGUGAGACAAGCGUUGCAGGAACAGUUAGAACUUGAUGUUAGGUAGAACAGUUUCGAUUAUACUUAUAAUCAGCUGCGUAUAUGUUGUUUUUAAAUCUGAAGUAUGCUAUUAUCAUUGUUGGUGAGUACCCUCUCCCGUUUCACAAAUAAUUUUAUUGAUCUCUGG